ACAAGUCCCAAAUGUGUCCAUUAAUUAAUUACUUUGGUCGCGAUUGCAAAAUCCCUCUUCAAUGGCUAUUUGCUUCUCUCCCUCUUCUUCCUCCUCCUCCUCCUCCUCUCUCUCGACGGCGAUCCGAUCCGCUGUCACAACUCUCGGCUUCUUCAUGGAUGCCAUCCGCCACCGUUCGACACGCCGGCCUUCCUUCCGCGGCCACAGCACGAUCUCUGAUCCAGUCAGCGCCGUCCCCGUCGCCGUCGGCGGCAAAGAGACCGAUCACUCCUCGGAUUUCAUCUCCAGGUUAUCCCAGAUCUUGAAGUUUUUCCCCGCCCAGAGUCGCUCCUCUUUCCCAGAACCCGGCGCCCGGCCUCUCGAAUCCGAUCCCUUCCACUACAACCUCCUCAUGAAAGCCUUCAGCUGCGCCGGCAACCUGCACGAGGUCCUCAGGCUUUUCCGGGACAUGAAGGAAGCCAAAUGUGAUCCUGACAUAUUCUGCUACACCACCGUAUUGGACGCGCUCCUAGCCGCGAACCGAUCGGAGGAUGCCGAGAAGGUGUUCGAUGAAAUGAUCAAGUCAGGUGUCAAGCUGGAUGCUGGACCUCUAACAGUUCUGGUGAAGUACUAUUCUUUUUACCUCAAAAGGUUUGAUUCGGCACGCCAGAUCAUUGAAUGGAUGGUGCAGAGCGGCUGCGAUCCUGAUGUGGUCACCUACUCGACGCUGAUCGCGGGGUUGUGCAGGGCUGGGAUGGUCGAGGAGGCAUGGAAUGUAAUGGAUCAAAUGCUCCUAGGGAACUGUGCGCCAAAUGCACAUUCCUACACUCCUUUCCUUCAGGCAUACUGCUCACAGGGGAAGGUCGAGGCAGCCAUGAGGUUGAUGGAAGCAAUGAGGAGUCUCGGUUGCCCGCCAGAUGCUGUGGCUUACAAUAUAUUGAUUAAUGGGCUGUGCAAGCAUGGCUACUUCGACCAGGUUGCACAUAUCUUAGAGAGCGAUGUAUCGUAUGGUUGGGAACCAGAUGCAGUCACAUACAACACAUACAUCAGUGGGCUUUGUAAAGCGGGCAUGGCGGAUGCUGCUUUUAAACAAUUGGAGAUUAUGCUUGAGAAGAAGUUAUGUCCUACUGUAGUCACACUGAACAUUGUGCUUGAUAACAUUUGUCGUGAGUCUUCAGUUUGGGAAGGUAACCACCUCUUGGAGAGGAGCUUGGAGUUGGGAAUAUAUAUUGAUGUAGUCAGCUACAAUACGAUAAUGAGCAGGCUUUGUGAGAUUGGAAAAUUCUCUUGGAUUGGAAAAUUCUCUUGGGUCUUGAAGCUCUUCACUGAUAUGUUGAAGAAGGGUAUACGCCCAGACACAGAAACUUUCAAUAUUGUUAUACAUUGCCUCUGUAAAGCAGGAAAAUACAUGACUGCAAAAUAUAUCUUUGUGAGCAAUGGGUUUGUCGCUGAUAUUGUUACAUGUAACAUUCUGAUUCACGAGUUCUAUAGAGCAGGAAAAAUUGAUGAACUUCAGAAUCUUUUCGCUGUGAUGAAUAUGGUAAACAUUAAACCAGACAAAAUUACCAAUAGUACCAUUGUUGAUGGCCUUUGUAGGAAUCGGAAAUUUGUGGAGGCCAUUAAUUUUGUGAGAUCUGUUGAAGGUGUGUACCCAUCAGAGGCAAUUGCACAUUUGUCCUAUUGGCUGGUCAGGAGUAGAAAGAUUGGUCAACUGCUAGGUCUAUAUGAAGAAAUGUUAGCCCACAAUUUGGAUUUUGAUGCCCAAAUUUUCAAUCAUUUGAUCAAGGCAUUUUGCAUGAUUGGUUCUUGUCAAAGUGGAGAAAUACACAAAGUAUGUAUUGUUCUAGACAAAAUGCUUCGAAUAGAAAAACAUAUACAAAAACGUGGCAGAAUCAAACCGUUAGCCUGAAUUCCCAUUCCAAUGACGAACAAAGUUACUCCAGCCAACAGAAUCUGCAACUCGGAGCUAUUGAAGACUUCUAAGGCUAUGCUACCAGCUUUGUGUUGUUGAAAUCCACUGCCCUGUGCUUCAACCACCUCUCUUCUCCUGAAUCCUACAGAUGCUGCCGAGAUCACUGCUAUCACCAUUAGUGUUGUCAGAUCGAUUGUGCUACUGUCUCUCUUCUUGCUCGUGGAGUCGUGGUACCAUCAGCAGUUUUCUCCUCCUCUGUCUUCUUGAAGAGGAUGGUGGCUUUGAGGUUGAGGUUGGCGUUUCAGGAACAUUUGCUGGUGGGAGAAAGGGUAUGGGGUUCCAGUAGCCAUCAUUGUGUUUUGAAGUAGCCUUUCUUUUGAGCCCUCCAAUUCCCUCUCUUGUGUCUGGCAGCAGCUUUUUGAAGUCUUUCUACGUUGGGCAUUGUGGAGUUUGUAGAGAUGAGGACUAUGGAGGACUUCUCAAAUGUUGCUGCACCAGGUCGCCGGUACCACCAGUUUGAUAUUGUCUGAUCCCUCAAAUGACAAAUACUUGGAUGUUCUUUGUAAAUCUAAUCCUAAAUUGCAAACAGAAAAGAUCUAUUCGUUCAAUCUUUAGAGAUUCGACGGAAUGGUUAAUAGCAAUUGAUGGUUGGCUAUGGUUUUUAAAAUUAUGAAAGAUACCUUGGAAUCUUUUGUGGAUGGCCUUUCUGGAUCUCUUGGUAUCUGCACUGGAAUUUGGUCACCUGAGCAAAUAUAUUGGAUAUUCUUGUGUCAACGUUAUUCUUGCUGGUAUCCUCACAUUUCCCCUAGGCUGCUUCGACAUCAGGAAUUCCAAAGCUGCAAGGAUCAUCUUCAGGAUCUGCCUACUUUGCCACCGCUUAGGUUUGGUCAUACACGGACUCAUUUUAAGCACCGAACACGCUCGAUUUCAUCUACGAAGAAGACGGUGUACUCGUGGUUCUCAGACACAAAGCAACUCUAGUAGAAUGCCUUCUCAAUAUAGCCUUGGAACUCUGAGAUCAUCAGGAAAUGCUCCAAAACCUCAUAUAAUUAGAGUUUUUGAUAUGCAUGAUAGGUAUUUUUCUUUAAUCGUAUAGCAAAUGAUGGCUGCAAAAUAAAGAUUUAACCGUUCAUUGUUAUAACUAAUCAACUCAAUUUAUUUAUUUAUCCUAAAUAACUUUUUCCUUUGCUUUGAAAGAAAUGGCUAAGAAAAACUAGAAUUGACACCUUGUCAUAGGUGUAUCGAGCAACAGGGGCAUACAGGAUCGAGUAGACAUUGUUGAGGCGGAGGAUCGUUUCAUGUCCUGCCGUGCCGGUGAUGUCCAGGUGACACUGCUUCUCAACCGACAAGCAUUCCACCCCGAGAAACCCAUAGAUGUCCAACUUGCUAGCCCAAUAAACUGAUAGAUACCAUUCAAUGCCUUCUUAAUCUCAGUCAUUCAAAGAAAUUGUUCCAAUGAAUAUGUUCGUUUGCUAAUAAAUCAAAAAUGAAAGAUAUUUUAUGGCUAUUGGAAUUGAUGGAAAUUAAAUUAUGAUGCAAAUUGCAGUGUUAA